GCAGCCUCAUCAUAUCGGGCGAAAAGACGUUUGAAGAGCAUUUACGAGCCCGCUUGGGCUGUGCUGCCUUUGUACCGUGAUUUGUAUAUCUAUGCGAUGCGCUGCCACGCGUAUGCAGAGGCCGUAUACCUGCCUCACCAUCGCAGGUGAGAGUUCAACGUCCUGGGGACAUCACGGAAGCAUAUUUUGCUCCCCGAGGGACUGACAUAAGACGGGCGUGUGAAUUCGUGAUGGCGCUUAAGUCCACGAUGCUAAGCGCCGCACAUCCUUGCCUUCACCCGUCAUGUCGACCGGACUACAACAUGACUCUAGCGAUGAUAUCUGCGCGCGGGACUUUCUCGCGGGGGUACUGGGCGCUCUCGACGCUGAUGACCGCCGGAUCGCGUGCGACUACGCCUUGACCAAAUCGGACCCGUGGGCCCUCGCGCACGCCGUUCCGGACGCAAGGGGAGACGCCGAGUAUCUGUUGAAGUCCCUCGCCGAGAUCUUGCGCGACGACACGCAAAUUAAUCGCGGGUCGUACACGAAGCACCUGCGCGGCGAGGCACGGGACUGGAUCGUAUGGGGUACGGUCUUCGGUGUCGCACAGCAUGACCUCGAAGUGCGCUACGCCGAUUUCCGCAAAUGCGCGCGAUGGGCGCCUACGCCCAAGCCUCCGAGGUUCUCGUUCCUCCAACCCGAGCCAAGCCCUAUCGGGUACACCACGAGAGAGGACGAGCGGCUGAUGGUCCUUCGCCUUCGCAAUGCCGUCCAGCGAAGCAUCGAGGCCCUCGACCGCGUCCCCAAGCCCAGAACUGCAAAACUGGUCCAAAAGCAGUUGGUUCCGCACUCGCCCGUCCUUCUCAUUGCGCGUCUAGCCUACGAGCUGCAUCUGUUCUUCUUGCCCGUGCUAUGCGUCGCCUAUCGCAUCGGCGGGCUUGUCAACGCGGUCGCGAGUCUAGAGCAGGUGCGCAUGGGUUUGCUGACCGUCGCCGUCCUCUCCCCCAUCGCAUGGCUGCUCAUGGUGUACGAUAAUCGCGCAAUCUGCUCACCAUCGGAAAGGGCAACGUCGGAUAUAGAGCGGCUGCGCGCGAGCUCACGCCAGUGGUCCCUUUUAUGGAAGACUUUGUUGGCGCUGACAGAGAGGGUCCUUGCCGAUGAGGAUAUGGACGAGGUCGUUCUGGGGAACAUGCGCCGGAUAUUUGACCUCGUCGACCCGCGGAUGACGCCCUAUCAUCCCAAGUAUGGGCCCCCGUACCCGGGGAAGACAACUCUGGAAUCCACUCACGGCAGCAUUCUCUCUCUUGAAGACGGCCACGAGCUCAUGGUGGAGAUAGUAUCUCGCAUCAGUUCAUUCAUCCCGCCCGAAGACGAGGACAAAGAGGAUCAUACAUCACUGCGGGACGCCUCUACAGCCGUCGCAGUCCAAGACCCUCAAGCAAGGCAUCGAGCUGAGAUGGAAGCGGUACUUUUGUGUAUCUGCAAUGCUCUGGGCUUCCACGACCCGUUCUUCAAAAUCCUCGGUCCCGCGUCAUACACGGGCAUACCGUGGCUGCGCGUCGAGCCCGCGACGCGCUAUUCCAAUGAGCUCACCGAGUCCAUCUACGAUGUGGUCGCCGCCCUUCAAGGGUUGGAACCAUUCCCGACCACUCUGCAGAAUAUGGUCCGCAAUACGCAUCUGCGCUUGGCCUGGGUCGGCGGGCUCGGGCGCGCGCAAGCUGAUAUUCAGGCGCAUAUAGAGCUUCAUCGACGAGAACCCACGCGCGAGAAUCUACAGCAUCUGUCCAAAAUCAUCGGCCACUAUUUGAGUGCUCUAUCCGUCGCGCCUCCGCCUUCUUCUCGCGACCUGCUUACGGCCAACCUGAGCGCGGAUGAUAGGAGGAAGCUCAUAGCUACCGAGGCGUUCAAACCUUGCCGAUACGCCCUGGCCCAUCUCCCCUUGUUCAUUGUGCCGACGUCAGAGAGCCGUAUAGUCGAAGGUGUCGUCGGCUUGGCGUAUAACAUCCUUCUGAGGGUCACGAUCGGUCCGUCCGGAGACCUGGCGCUGAAGGGGCUGUACGACUUGGCUACCGGAUACUGCAGGAGUCGCGAGGUACACAAAGCAACUAACGCUGCGGCGCGCCUCGAGCGCCUCGCGCAAUACCAUAUCCUCGGCUGGAAGGCGCUGCAGGUGGCCAUCGACGAGCCGACGAGCGACUCGGAGAGCACAGAUUAUACCGUACGUAUGCUCAUGGAUAGCGUUUUGAGCGCCGCUCAACCCUCCAUUCAGGUCUCGCUUGCGAGGGCGCUCGACGGGAAGCGAGCAUCCUUCAAGCAAGGCAAAGUGUACUCCCAGGCGAAUGUCGUGCGCGAAAUUAUCGACGAACGCUAUCCAGCUUUUAGGACUGGGAAGCACCUACUUGCGGAUGUGCAAUGAAAGGCGCCAUUCCGCACUCUCAGAGUACUCAUUAUAUGUUGCCUUAUGGUUAGCACCUCCGUGUCAUUGGUCUACGAUCAUGAACUGUAAAGAUCUAUUUAGCCCGUCCUCAUCGUUGGGUGAGCAGGAGAGGGCGCUGGGCGGGAGAUGAGUCGAGGCUACGAAUGAGCCUCUUGACUUUACGUCGCUUCAGCGAGUUUGAAAUCUGAUAGCUCGAGGGGUAUUUCGAUCGGAAUUAACUGCUCGCAUGAGACUCGGAAUGCGUACUGAAUGUGGUACAGAGUCGAGAUCCAAAGGCU